UUCUCGGUGUCCCACGGAGAUGGGACAGGAAAUGGGCCAGGACGGCCGCGUGGCAGGGUGUGGGGAGCCUGGGAUACCAGCUAGAGCACGUGGUGGUGGUCCUGGAGGCCACGGCCGGCCCUGACUAGUGGCUGGAAUGGAGAGAUGGGAGGCCGGCCGGCUGGCCAGCCCCAGGACUCCCGGAAGCGAGCUAGUGGAGAGAUGCUGCAGAGGUGAAAUCUACUAGAGCUGCUGGGAGGGAGCCGGGGGAGGGGCCUGGAAGAGAAAUUGACCCCGGAUGUUCUCGAGCAGAAACUGACCAGAGAUGCUGCAGCGAGAAAUCGAGCUGGGCUUGUGGGCACGUGGGGCCUCUGGGGCCUCGGGACAGGGCACGGUCAGGCAGGAGGCCCCGUCCGAGGGGCGGAGACAUGACUGUUCUCCCAGAUUCUUUCUGGAAGUUUGGCAGUGACUGGGAAGAGGUGGCUGGGACGGCAGCAGCGGGGUGCCACAAAGCGCCGGGCCUGGAGUCGGGAAGCUCCCGCCUGUCCUCAAUCUGCAAGAGUUGGAGGAAUAUCGAGACAAACUGAAGGAGCAGCAGGCCGCCGUCUCUAAGAAAGUUGCAGAUUUGAUCCUGGAAAAGCAGCCUGCCUACGUCAAGGAGCUGGAGAGAGUGACCUCCCUGCAGACGGGCCUUCAGUUGGCCACUGUCAUUUGUACCAACGGAAGAAGGCACCUGAACGUCGCAAAGGAGGGCUUUACUCAGGCCAGCUUGGGCCUUCUGGCGAACCAGAGGAAGCGCCAGCUGCUCGUCGGCUUGCUGAAGUCCUUGCGGACCAUAAAGACGCUGCAAAGAACGGACGUGCGCUUGAGUGAGAUGCUGGAGGAAGAAGAUUAUCCCGGCGCCAUCCAGCUGUGCCUGGAGUGCCAGCAGGCCGCCAGCACGUUCCGACACUACAGCUGUAUCAGUGAGCUGGACUCCAAGCUGCAGGACACCCUGGAGCAGAUCGAGGAGCAGCUGGACGUGGCGCUGUCCAAGGUGUGCAAGCACUUCGACGUGGCGCACUACACCAAGGUGCAGCAGGCCUACCGGCUGCUGGGGAAGACGCAGACGGCCAUGGACCAGCUGCACAUGCACUUCACGCAGGCCAUCCACAACACCGUGUUCCAGGUGGUCCUGGGCUACGUGGAGCUGUGCGCGGGCAACACGGACACCAAGUUCCAGAAGCUCCAGUACAAGGACCUGUGCACGCAUGUGACAACCGACAGCUACAUUCCCUGCCUGGCUGACCUCUGCAAAGCCCUGUGGGAAGUCAUGCUUAGCUAUUACAGGACCAUGGAGUGGCAUGAAGCACAUGAUGGUGGGGACACCACCAGGGCGACCGAAGGGAGUGGCGCGGCGGGCUCUGAGGAGAGCAACUUUGACCGCAGCUACGUGAAGAAGAAGCUGGAACACGGCCUGUCACGGAUCUGGCAGGACGUCCAGCUCAAGGUGAAAACCUACCUGUUCGGCACAGACAUGUCGACGUUCAAGUAUGACGACUUCAUCUUUGUCCUGGACAUCAUCAGCAGGCUGAUGCAGGUCGGGGAGGAGUUUUGUGGCAGCAAGUCGGAGGUGCUGCAGGAGUCCAUCCGCAAGCAGAGCAUCAACUACUUCAAGAAUUACCACAGGACGCGCCUGGACGAGCUGAGGAUGUUCCUGGAGAACGAGACGUGGGAGCUGUGCCCCGUGAAGUCGAGCUUCAGCAUCCUGCAGCUUCACGAAUUCAAGUUCAUGGAGCAGUCCCGGUCCCCCUCCGUGUCCCCGAGCAAGCAGCCCGCCGCGGCUGCCGCCUCCUCUGCUGCGGCCUCCCUGUUCGAGCAGUGCGACCGCGGCGGGGGGAACCCCUUCGAGAUUCAGGCCAACUGCAAAGACGAGGAAACCGAGGACGUGCUCGCUUCCAACGGGUACGAGUCCGACGAGCCCGAGAAGAGCGCCUACCAGGACUAUGACAGCGACAGCGACGUCCCCGAGGAGCUCAAGAGAGACUUCGUGGACGAGCAAACUGGGGACGUCCCCGUGAAGAGUAUUUCUCGGGAAACCCUAAGGAGUCGCAAGAAGUCCGAUUACAGCCUCAAUAAAGCCAACGCUCCCAUCCUGACCAACACGACCCUGAACGUCAUUCGGCUGGUCGGGAAGUACAUGCAAAUGAUGAGCAUGCUGAAGCCCAUUGCCUUCGACGUCGUCCACUUCUUAUCUCAGCUGUUUGACUACUACCUCUAUGCCGUCUACACCUUCUUCGGCCGCAACGACUCGCUGGAAUCCACAGGCCUGGGCCUCAGCAGCAGCCGCCUGCGGACAACCCUGAACCGGAUCCAGGAGAGCUUAAUCGACCUGGAGGUCUCCGUGGAUCCCUCAGGCACCCUCACAGGUGGUGAGGAGAGGAAGGAGAAGGUGCCGAGUCCACACCUCAGUCACCUGGUGGUCCUGACAUCCGCAGAGACGCUGUACGGGCUGGCCGAGAGAGUGGUGGCCACGGAGUCCUUGGUCUUCCUGGCGGAGCAGUUCGAGUUCCUGCAGCCCCACCUGGACGCCGUCAUGCCUGCGGUCAAGAAGCCCUUCCUGCAGCAGUUUUACUCCCAGACGGUGUCGACCGCCAGCGAGCUGCGCAAGCCCAUCUACUGGAUCGUGGCCGGGAAGGCCAUCGACUACGAGCAGACGCUGCUGACCAUGGCCAACGUCAAGUGGGACGUGAAGGAGAUCAUGUCGCAGCACAACGUCUACGUGGACACCCUGCUCAAGGAGUUCGAGCAGUUUAACCAGAGGCUGGCGGACGUGUCGAAGCGGGUGCGGAUCCCCCUGCCCGUCUCCAACAUCCUCUGGGAGCACUGCAUACGCCUGGCCAACAGGACCAUCGUGGAGGGCUACGCCAACGUGAAGAAGUGCAGCAACGAGGGCCGCGCCUUGAUGCAGCUCGACUUCCAGCAGUUCCUCAUGAAGCUCGAGAAGCUGACGGACAUCCGGCCCAUCCCGGACAAGGAGUUUGUGGAGACCUACAUCAAGGCCUACUACCUGACCGAGAACGACAUGGAGCGCUGGGUCAAGGAGCACCGGGAGUACUCCUCCAAGCAGCUGACCAACCUGGUGACCGUGUGCCUGGGCUCUCACAUCAACAAGAAGGCCCGGCAGAAGCUCCUCGCGGCCAUCGACGACAUCGACAGGCCCAAGAGAUAGUGAGCCGGCGGGCGCUGCCCCCCUCCUCCCUCGUCCCUCCCUCGCACGGAUCUCUGGCAGGCGCCAGCCGGGAGGGGCCCCUGUACAGAUGCCCCCCCCCCUCGUACUCCUGUCACGUGCUUUACGUUGUCUGUUUUGUGAGAGAACACAGGGUGGCCUCGGGCAGGGAUGCGCGUCCUCUCCUCUCGGCGCAGCCUGGUGGCCAGCCUGGCAGGGGACGGCGGGCUCUCCUGGCCACGCAUGGAUGCCAGGAUGCCCUCCAGGCUUGGCUAAGUGAGGGUUGGGAUGGCGAGCGAGAAUAAACCUGGUACACUGAGGCACGCCGACUCCUCGAGGUUCUUUUCCUGUCCUGAGGCCCCAGGAAGCAGGUUCGCCCGGCCCGGGAGUGCCUCCAAGGGUCGGGGAUCUCAGUGCACAAGCUCUGGGAUCCUGCACCCUCGCCCCGGGCCUGGGGCCCACCCUGCACCCUUGCAUCCGCAUCUCGGUGCGGAUUCCUGUUCCCACUCCUCAGGGCCGAGCGUUUAGCGGCGACUCUGGGCUUGGACGUGCCCCAAGAGCCCCGCUGGCUCCCCUUUGCUGGGGAUCCUCCUCCCUCCCCCACCAUCGUCCCUUCCCUCCAGCCGUUGCUGGCAUCCUGUCUUCUCCCGCUGGGCCUCCACCUCUUCCAGCACCCUCCUUGUCCAGCGGGGUCUGGCGCCCAACCUCUGACCUCACACCGUUGAACCUCCUUCAAGCACUCCAACCACCAGGUCCUCCGUUGACUUGCUCCCCCGCCCAGACGUGGUCACCCCUCUGACCAGCCCCUCGCUUAACCCUCCUUCUGAGCAUCCCCUGCUUGGUGCUUGGCCUCUGCUUCCCUCCCAGCACCCCCUGGGAAACCAGCCCCGACCCUGAGCCGUGGCUCGUGCCCAGCACGGCCUCCACGUCCGAGUCUCUUCCCUGUCCCCAUCAGACCUCCUCCUCUGCCCAGUUUUCUAGCCUCCUCCCUGGCAGUCACCUCCCGGUUGUGCUGAUUGGUGGCCGUAUUUGAAAAGAGCCUUCAGAAGAAGUCAGAGAAGUAGGAGAAGACUUGGAGAAAGUGAAGCAGAGGGAAGCCGGCAGCCUGGGAGAAGACGGGACUCCGUGAGAGCAGCGGAAGGGAGCGGAUUCUGGGGCUGAGGCUGCUCAGUGGAGCUGGCAGAGUCGGUGGGAGAGGAAGACGCGGGAUGCCACAUCGGCAGGGAAGGAACCAAGCCGGCACUCUUGGCAGAUGAUACGACGGUAAACGAGAGGGUCCUGGAGAAUCAAUCGAAAACCAAGAGACCUAAUGAGGAACUUCAGCAAAGCCUCAGGGUAAACCCAUGGAAACCAUCUGCCGUCUGCUUUUCACCAUAGACAACAGAAAGUCCCCGGAGGCAUCACUACCCAAGUGACAAAUCUGGCAAACAAGCGUGUGGCACGUAUUCCGGACAAAGACCCCCCCAACGAAACACGGACAAAGGAUGACGAGGCCGCUCUCCGAGGAAGAAAUGAAGUCUCCGUGGCUCCAAAUCACUGGAUUAGAGAAAUGCAGAUCAGAACACCGGAGAUGUCCUUCACAUCCACCAGACUGGAUGAUAAAUCACCGGUGGAGGAGACACUCAUACUCUGUUGGUGAAGCUGUGAACUGAUCCAACCGUUCUGGAGAGCAACGUGGGGCUGGGCUCAAAGGGCCACAAAACUGCAGAGACCCUUUGACCCAGCAGUGCCACUACUGGGACUGUAUCCCACAGAGAUCAGAGACAGGGAAAAGGCCCCGCCUGGACCAACAGAUUUUUAGCAGCUCUUUUCCCCAUGGGGGAUGGUGGUUGUAGUGGAACACUGUCGUGCCCUAAGGAAUGGCAAACAGGAUGAGUUCAGAAAAACCCAGAAAGGCUUCUGUGAACUGAUGAAAAGUGAGUGAGCAGAACCGGGAGGACACUGUACAGCAACAGGAAUAGUACGUGCUGGCAGAGCAAGGGUCCGAGAUAACCAGAAGGGACUCACGAUGGAACUGUUGGGCCCUGCGGCAGAUCAAAGCCGCCAUCUUCCCAGUCACAGCGUGAGGAGGAUGGAAACGUGUCUUGCAUGAAAGCCCUGGUAUAACCUCGAUCGGGGAGAGCAGAAGGGGGGAGGGAGAGAGAAAAUGGGAAUCUGAAAAUGUCAGAAAACAGUUGUCCAAAUGUAACUAAAACCGAUUUAAUGAAAAAGAAAUAAAGGUGAUCUAAAAGCAGGAAGCAUUUCUCAAAAGGCCACAGAAUGCGAGCCAAGGAGUGGGGUUCGUUCCCACUGAGGACGGACGGCAGGGUUUGGCCCCAGAGGAAGGAGGCCACCAUUGGCCUGGCAGGGCCAUUCCUUGGGGCAUGGACGGAAUUGGAGAAGAGACUUCCGGUGAGGGCUCGUGCGGAGACUCGAGCCCGAUUCCCUUUGGCCUUCUCUGUGAGAAGCAAACGCAGGCUGGCUUCCACGGCGUGGCCGUUGGGCGUCCUCACGAGCUUAGCGGUCAGUUCCCUUGGAAAGCAGUUUCCUGAUAGCGAGCUCGUCUCCUCCUUGGACCAUGGCCCAGACUUGGUGCUUAAUGAGAUGCCAUUUAGAUCUGACCGUUGACGGAUGAAGGCGGAGUGAUUCGCGCGUGAGCUCUGCCGACGUGGCAGCCUGGCAGCUUUGGAAGAGCUUUUCUCUAUGCAGGGUUUAUCAGGUGUAAAAUUGGAAACGGCCUUUGACAACUGCCAGCCCAGAGCCCAAGACUCGGGGCAGAAGUGGAACGGCUUGUUGCACCGGAGGGCCCUCCCCCAUGAAGAUGGUGGGCCCCUCCUUUCCCACGAUGGCAGGAGGGAGGGCCAGGGUGCCUCUGGUGCUCUCCCAGAGGGACCUACAUACUUCCUGACCUUUUAAGCCAGCCGGUCACUGUGUUAAAGGAGAUGCUCACAGACCGUCCCUCUGCUGAGCUGGAGCUGCCCAUACAUUGGAUCUGUCUGAGGUGCAGCAUUUUGUGCACCCCCCCUCCCCCCGGCCUUCCUUCCUCUCCAUCCCAUCAUCCACUCUUCAGUCAAGCUCUCUGCUGAGCUCCGGCUGACUUUGAGGCACGUGGACGCCUCAAACUCGGCCACUGGCCACCUUUCCGUGGCUCCUCCCGGCUCUCCAGGCUCACAGCCUAGGAGCCAUCCUGGGCUGCUCCCUCUCACUCCCCAUAUCCAGUAUGGUGCCAAGGCCUGUUGACUUCCUCUUCCUGUCAGUUGUCUCUUCCCACGUGCCCUUCCUCUCCUUGGAUGUGGCUGCCCCCUCCCCAGCCCCCACCACUUCAUGCCUGGAUCAUUGCCCUAACCUGUUGGAGAGUCUGCCUGCCCACCCUUCAUAGCCUCGCUGCUGCUGCUCCUCCUCCCCUACUACAGGGUCCCCUUUACACUGCCUACUCGUGUUGGGGGUGACAGCCCAAGCACAGGCGUGGACACACGGUGGGGGCAAAUGGAGCAGCCUGAUGAGAACGCCCAGGGGGCAGUGGCAAGCGGACUGAGACACCGAGUUAUCUCUAAGUCCUUGUCUGGGAGUGAUGGGAUUCGAAGCCUCUGCUCCAGGAAGAUGAGGGGGUCGUGGGGAGACAAACAGGUAGGAAGAGGUGUGGGGGCUGAACUGGGCAGGGUUCAGACCGUUGUGGGAGGGCCUGAUGCAGGACAGGAGACGGAAGGACCGAGGAUGGGCUCUGUGGGACAGGAAGGCACCGGUGGGGACGUCGGAGAGGAGGCUCGAUGGCAUCCCGUCUUGGGCAAAUUGGACUCGGAGACGCAGAGUGCUCAGCACCAUCCUUCCAGUCACCCGAGGCCACUGGCGAUGGCCUAGGAUGCAGUGGGUGACCGUGGCUUCUUCCACAUCCGACCAAGCUCCAAGUACUCCGUAGUGCCUCCUUCGUGGCCAGAAUGCAUCGUUCACGUCUGCCCAUUCUGCCCGGGAAAGCCUUUGUGUGCCUCACUGUCGGUCACCCCCGGCCCGGUGUGGCCCUCCUGCUGGCCCGGCUUGCCGUGCCUCGGCUUCUCAGAGCCACCCGUGAGAGCUCGGUGGCACGUGUGAAGACCCAGAGUGGCAGCUGGCGCCUUCCCAGUCCCCAGAAUAGCCCUCUGUGUGGAGAUUCUUUGUUGUUGGCUCACUCCCCGCCUUCUUAGUCUAAAAACGGUUCAGGUUGGGCUCCUUAACUGAGCAAGGGGAGCACGUGCUGUAAAAUGGAGAUUUGAACCCCAGAAGCCCUGGGUAUUUCCCAGAAUUCCCUGUAAUCUCACCCGAGGCCCCACGUUGGCGAGAUCACGAUGGGUACUUAACUGGCAGUAACGCCUCCCUCGCUCUCUUUUCCUCCCUUUGCGAUGAUGCAGCAAGUGCAGUGGUAAGCCAAGUGCGGGGAUUUUAAAUGUCCGUCAGCCACGGCAUGUGAUCUUCAUUUGUACCCUUGAUUUCUAAUGAUCCUUCAUGAACCUCAUAAAGCAUAGUUUAUUAUUGGAGACAUCCCCGGGCAAGGUCUGCUUUCAGGUCUGCCAGGGUGGCAUGAUGCCAGGGGAGCCUGCCCCCUGCUCUGAGAGUGCCCCCAGAGCCCCGGAAGCCUUGGCACUUGAAGUUCAUUCCAAGCACUUGCUGGGAAAUUCCUUUAGAGCCAGAGGACGCCCCAAGUCCCUCGCCUGGUGACCUGGAUCGCGGGGCAGGAGCUGCCGAGAGCCAGAAUGUGAGCCUCGGACCCUCACAAGGGGCAACAGGAAGCCCACAGAGGAGUCGUGGAGAGGGCGGGGCAAGAAGACUGCAUCCCUAUCGAGUGUGAAGAGGCACCCAAGUGCUCUGUCUGGGUUUCAGCCCAGGAUCCUGGGAGGCGGCUGGUUGGCCCCUUUGCUCUGGGCCCUGGAGACAGGCCUGAAGGCCACCAUUUUGUGUGGGCUUCCUUGUUCGAGGAAUUGGAGGAGCCCCUCGAGCGGCCAAACCCAACUCCUGCGUCCCCGAGACCUCUGAGCAGUUUCUGGGAGCACCACCGGGUUGUUGCAGGUGCCUGGAGCUGGGAGCUGCCCUCAGUCUCUGAUGGAGCCCGCUCGCUGGCCACCCCGUGGGUGCUUCCUCUAGCGAGCCCCAUGUUCAUGCUGAUCUGUGCAGUGAAGGCCCAGAGGAUCUUCUCUCCAACUCAGCUGCCAGAAGCCCCAACUUGAGUUUGUUGUAGGCAAAAUUGUGAGGGCAGAGCAGAGCAGAGCAGCUUCCCGGUGCCUGCUGCCUUCCGUUUGCCCUUCCCCGCCCAGCACCCGAGCCAGGGCCCAGCCCCAUUCCCAGCACACGGUGGCCAUCUCUCUGGAGUAGCUGGGCUGGGGGCCAGACGUGGGCUCUCCCCUCCCUCCCUCCCCUAAUAGUGACCGAUGCUUGUCUGCAGCUAAGGGGGGGGAGGAGGAGGUAAAGCCGGCAGCUUCAGUUCUGGGUCCAGCCCAAUUGCUAUUGUAGGAGAGAACUCUGGGGCAGUGUCUGAACCUGGCCCUCUAUGGUUGGGAAGCUGAACUGCUUCUUCCUGUAAUCCGACCAUUCUUUAGAUCUGAUUUAGCUAUUUCCUCAUCAGUAACAACCGAGAUACUUGGAAUAACAGAAUCAGGUCUUGGAAACUCUACAUUCUCCACCCUACUCAAUUUAACAAGAUUAGGAAAGUCUGCAGCAAACUCAAGAUUUAAUUAUCUGAGGAGAUGGCCUUCAACAGACAUGUGCGAAGAAAGGACAGACCUCUGGGCUGUCCCAUGUCAAGCUAAGUCCUCAUUGGUACAGAUGAGAUGCAGAAAAGUGAUGUAAAAACGUCCACAUAAGGAACUUCAGCUUCUACCCCUUUCUUUUUCCCUGGAGAGACUCUGGCAGGCAGUGUGCUAAGCGUUCCAACAUGCUGGAGUGCUGGCUGGUGAGUUUUGCCCUGGAGCUGAUUUCGGGGUCAGGCAUCUUAGCUGAGCCUCUUUGGAGGUCAGGCUAAUUCUUCCCUCCUUCACACUCAAACCCUUACUUUCUAGUUCUCCUAUCUUCCUGCCCGGUACUAGCCCCUUCCUUCCUCUUUUUUCUUAAAAUCUUCUCUACUAUAUCAAUUAAAUCACCAUAAAAUUUG